CAUUGUGAGAUGAUUGGGUAUGGACAUUUCACCGUUCAUUGUUGUCUAUGGAAAAAAAUAAUUCCUGUGUCAUUAUUUUACGCAUGGCCGCUACACCUGGCAUCCAAGAUAUGUUGGUAAUGCACUUGCUGGACAUGAACAUGUCAUGGUAUUUACUUACCAGUGCUGGGCUUUGCCCGCUCAAGCCAUCUGAUGACAUGGAAAAGCUUUCCUACUUUAAAUGGAACUCCCCCUCCCUCCUCCGAGUCUAUCUAUGCCAACACAAUCUCCCCCUCCCUCCUCUAUCUAUGCCAACACACAGGAAUAAAUUAUAAUGUAGUACAGACAGUUGGGGGACACAGGCUCAGUGCUCAGGACCGUCCACCAUGACCAUGUACCUUCUGAUUGGCAUUCUGUCCACCCUGCCAGCCACAGGUUACUCCCUGACUUGUGUAGAAUGUUCAGUUGCAGCGGACAAAAUCUGCAACGGAUCUUCCGAAGUCUGUUCAUCCGGGAACUCUGUCUGCCUGUUAACCCGCGCAGUAAGCAAAAUAGGUGAUAUGGUGACUAUGAAUUUGUACAUGAGACAAUGUGGACCAAAAGAACUUUGUUCAAAGACUGGAAGUAUAAGUCUCCCCAAUGGCAGAUAUUUGACCAGCAUCACCUGCUGUGACACCGACAAUUGCACCCCUCCUGAGCCCAUCCUUCCCGAAGUCUCGACAGAAAAGAACGGCAUGAAAUGCCCUUCCUGCUUCGUUCCAAAUGCCAAGUCAUGUGCCAAAGUAGUGUCCACGGAUUGUAUUGGAAAUGAGACGAUAUGUAUAACUCAGCUAACCAAUCUUAAAGGGCCUGUACCUUCCUCAACAAUAGCGCGCGGCUGCGCCACCAAACAGUUGUGUGACCCAGUCCACCAAGUGUGGCACAUGAACAAGUCGGUUGUGGAUUUAAAAAAUAUUUGUGAGAAUGGCGGCAAUCACCUUCACGAAAAUGUUCUCGCGCUGAUCUUUUCUAUUUCUGUCCUUUUGAAACUCCUGUGUUAAAUGCAAAUUCAGCGCGCACUCCAUACAUAAUGGCGGCACACAGGAAGGCUUGAGAUGUAUAUAUUGUGCUUGUGUUCAAUGACAUUUUAUAAAUUUUGGUUGCAAAAUGUAUUUAGUUAGACUGGGUGUGCAUUUUCACAUGAGAGUAAUCAGGAGGCUGGGAAGUACAUUGGCACUGGAUCAUUUUGCUAAAUGCAUCACAUUUUCUUGCAACUCUUAAGACUUCAGGUUACUUAACCACUUGCUUACUGGGCACAUAAACCCCCUUCGUGCCCAGGCGAAAUUUCAGCUUCCGGGAAUGCG